CUCUCUCGCUCUCUCUCUCUUAGGGUUCUUGCGAUCGCGCAUUGGCGAUGGAGACGCCUCCGCCAAAGAUCCAGCGCCAGCCGAGCGAAGUCGAGGCGGAAUUGAACCUUGCGCUCCAGGAAGCUGGACUUGACUUCUCAUCCAGUCUAGAGGCUUUCUACCGGAGAGUAGAUCCUUCUGCGGUGACCGUCGAGAAGAUUACAAGAUGGUUUGCGUCAACACGAGCUCUAAGAUCUCAGCUCCUUACCAGGAGAGAAUCCAAGCUCAUUGAGAUUCCUGAACAAACCAAUCUCGAACCAGCUGCACAAGAAUCUAGCACCUUUGAAAGCGUGCACGAGAGGCUACAAAAGGCUGCUGAUAUAAACAUAAAUUCCAGUGACUUUAAGUGGGAGCGUCUUGUGUCCUUGCACACUACGGAGCAUGCAAACGACACAGAGGAUGAAGAGAAAGAAGCGACGGCUCCAGCGUCUCUCGAGGUGAACGUGAACUCAGGUGGAAUUGUCUACUUUGCAGUGUUUCAGCUGGGAAACGGCGAGGAGGCCGCAGCUUGCCUCAAGUUUACUCCUUCACGCUUGACAACGCAGUCUGAGCGCUUGGGAUACGAACUUGGCAGACACCUGGGAGUAUCGACACCUCAGGCUCGAAUCGUGAGAAGCGAGUCGCCAGAAUGGUCGGAAAUUAUUCGUGCAACUGAAAAUGUGAAGCUUCAAAAUCCAGAUUGCGUGAAAACAUGCGACGAGAUGCUAGAAGCGCUUGAGAUCAACCGCUGCUUGCUGCUCAUGGGGUAUGUAACUGGAUGUCCACUGCACAAAUACAAACCUCCAGUCCUCACACAAGCCAUAGCGCGAAGAAUUGCUGGAAGUUUGGGCCGGGUGCUGCUGCUAGACCUUGUUCUUCGCAAUGAAGACCGCCUCCCAUGCCAGCAACUGGGAUGGCGUGGAAACCCGGGGAAUCUCUUAUGCACCGAGAGGACGCCAAUAGGAGAGCCGCUCCAGACGAAGAAACUCGAGUUUAAAGUUACUGGACGACGAAGCAUCGUGUCCGGCCGGAGCGUUCCACCGAUCCCAAAGCACGCAAGAGAGAGGACCACAACGAUCACUGUUGGUACCUCCGUCGAAGCGGAGCAGCCGCAAAGAAAUCCACCCGGAGGAAGGGCCCUCCAUCUCGUGGCGAUCGACUCGGGUGUCCCACGAAGGCCUCCAAGCCAAAAGAGAGAGCUGGAUAGAGCACAGUAUCCACGGUUUGUGGAGAUGCUCCUCCACGACUUCGACACUUCUUCCGAGGUGGUGAAGGAGAUAUCGAGUUGCUACCUGGAGACUGUUGCGGAGGAGACGGAGAAGCUGGAUAUGGCUGGAGUUACGAAUGCUUUUCUGUCUGGUUUCCAAGCCGGACUUAAAGCAAUGGUGCCGCUUCGCUCGUUUCUCGUGAAGCUACAAAGGAGGCUGGACUUUUAUCUGAAGCAAUUCGUCGCCGAUAUCAGGGAAAACCUUCCUUCCGACUGGAGUCCAGACAAAUCCUCGCCUAGUGAUCGACUGAGUCCCCAGCCCUCUCCUCCGACGCUUUCAUCGGCUGAUGGCGUGAGUCCUCCGCUGAAACUCGAGAGACGUUUCACACUUCAGCUGAAAGACUACAAUAAACUAGCCAAGGUGGAUGAUGGAAUUCAUGACAGAGUUGAGCACUGGGACGAGGUGUUGGGUUCCGAAGGCCACAAGCUUUGCCAAACGCACGACUUUUCCACGGGGUUCCUUGAAGGCGGCGGACCGCAUAGCGUCGUCGACAGCUACGAACUCAAGGUUCGUCUGGAGCACGUACUGGAAAGAAUGGAGUUAAUUGCUCAAGGAACCGAAACAGAGAGGCCUUCUCGUGUGCUGGACUGCCUUUACGUCGGAGGAGCACUGGCUGCAAAGUCAGUUAAUAUCCUCAAGCACGUUGGCAUCACUCACAUUUUGUGCCUUUGUCCGAUCGAGGUUGGAUCCCCAGAGCCGGAAGUUACUGAGCAUUUCAAGUACAAGACCUGCCAAGUCCUUGAUAUUGAAGAGGAGGACAUCGCCAGCCAUUUCGAAGAAGCUUGCGGAUACAUCGAAGAUUGUGAGAAGAGCGGCGGGAAAGCUCUGGUUCAUUGCUUUGAAGGCAAGAGCCGCAGCGCAACGAUAGUACUCGCGUACCUGAUGCUGGCAAAGGGUUUUACGCUGCUGGACGCAUGGAACUUGUUGAAAGGCGCUCACCCCCGCGCGCAACCAAACGAUGGCUUCAUGAAGGCUCUCGGAGAAGUGGACAAGAAGCUCCAUGGCGGUAGUAGCUCCAUGGAUUGGCAGCAAAGGAAACCAGCGGCUCGUCUCUGUCCACUGUGCCAGAAGAACGUAGGCCUCAGUAGCAAUUCGCUUCAACACCACGUUAACAGGUACCACCCUCACUAAGAAAUGGAUUAUUUUGUCAACUUUAUCAUUAGCCGUUGAAUUGUUCCCGUCAAUUUUAACAACUUUACAUUAUAGUUUAUACACUAAUGUAUAUAUUAAUGUAUAAUUAAUGUAUAUAGUGUAUACAUCA